AUGUCUUCUUUAAUAUUAACAAAACCAACAGGUUUUACUUUGAUCAUUAAUACUGUGAGUCUUUUGACAAGCACAUGGGGGUUUUCUCGGGCUAUAUCUGUAACGUUACCUCCAAGCUUGAGUAGGGCUGGUCAUAAGCAGUUUCUGACAAUCAUAUCAAUUAUUGCGGUGAUCAUCAACAAUGCUGUUAAUAUUUUAAACUAUUUUAUGCAAAGAAAUAAUAAAGUCAACUUAGAAUGCAGGGAAAAAUCUGAUUUUAUAAGUAGACAUGUUACUUUACCAGUUUCUUUAGUAUUAGAGUCUAUUGUGGCCAGUGUUUAUUGGCCGUUAAGACUAUUUUUUGUCAACUUGAUCAUGCAUGGAAUUGAUUCUCCUGCAAAGACACCUUUCCCCAUCACAGUGGAUAUGGCAAUCCACUUAUAUCCUAUCUUAUUUUUACUGGCGGAUCACUACUUAUCAGGAUCUGGCUUCAAGUUCAAACUAUCGAAUAAGCAUGCGUGGUUCACCGUGACUAGCCUGGCAUUUUUGUAUUUUCAGUAUUUAGCAUUUCUAAUAGAUGCAGAUCAAGGCCAAGCCUAUCCAUAUCCAUUUCUAGACGUGGAUGAACCGUACAAGUCGAUUAUUUUUGUUGUUGUUGCUACUAUCACAUGGAGUUACUAUGUCAUUUAUCAAAAGUUUCCGCCAAAAAAUGCAAAGAAGACUACAAAUAAAGGUUUUAAGAACAGAUGA